AUGGCUAAGAAGCCACAGGCUUCAACCACAGAUGAUGCAGAACCAACCAAAAGCACUGCAGGGAGGAAGAGGAAGGCCGCUGGGGAUCCCAAAUCAGGCGACUAUAUUAGGGUGCCAAAAACAAUCACGGUGGUGAAGAGAUCCCGUCAGUCGAGUAUGAAGACCAAAGCUUCAUCCUGUUCAAACAUGCCUAGGAAGGCUAAGGGGCAAGUCCAAUUUGGCCAUUAUGGAAAAUUUCAUAAGAAAGUGGAGGAAAAUUAUUCGUGUGCAGACCAAGAGACCCCAGACCAAGAGUCCAUGGAGGUGUGUACCACCUCAAGCAGUGCCAUGGACCAAGAGACCCCGGUGAGUUCCCUGAACUCAUGUAAUGCCCAGGGUCAAGAAUCCCUCGAGAGUUCGAUAGCCUCGAGUAAUUCUGACCAUGACAAAGAGUCCCUGGCGAGGUCCACCACCUCAUGCGAUUCCCUGGGGUCUCAGCAAGCAGAGGAUUAG